AUGAGUUGUUACAGUAAAGAGAAUCUCAAUAAAAAUGAUUAUAAUAACGUAUGUAAAAGCCACUCAGCCAGGUCGGAUCGAGAAAUCUAUAGAAUAUGUCCAUCAAAAUUAAGCAAACGUGAAUUAGAAGAUUUAUACUUUUCUCUUCUUGAGAACAAUUUGGAAUUGAAACGCACUGUGAACGGACAGCAUGAUACGAUCAAAGGGUUGUCAACGAAGGUGCAGCGGAUGACCACCGCACAGAGGCUGCUGCAGGGUAAGGAGUUCAAGGACUGCUGUGUCGGCAGCAAGUUUGUCAUCAAUGAGCAACGAGAGUCUAUAACAGAAUUGAGACGUGCCAACCAGAAGCUAUCAGAUAAACUACAGCAGCUGAACAUGAGAUUGUGCUCAGCGAAACAGUUCCACAGGAAGUCUCCGUCACAAGCUUCCACGUCCAGGUGUGUGCGCUGUGCUACUGUCACCACUGGCGCACCAAUGAUGAGGAGCCCAAUGAGUCCGAAUUCCGUGCAAACAGAAGACGACCGUAACAACAAGGGGUGCUCCCAACUAACAUGUGACGAAAACAAAUGUAAAACUGCCAUGCAAGAGUUGAAAAUGAAAAUUGCUAAUUUACAAGAGGAGCUAAACAUGGUCCACGAGGACUACUCCGCGCGGCUGUCCAGGCUGGAGACGGAGGUGCUGGACGUGCGCCGCGAGAACGUGCGCGUGUCCGGCGAGCGCACCGCCAGCCUGCACCAGCUCGAGACCUCGCUGCAGAAGAACGGAGAGGUCCUGGCCGAGUAUAGGACUGCUGAGGCUAGAUGCGCGGAACUGGAAGCGCAACUAGUAGUAGAGAGGCGCAGGGUGGCUGAACUAGAGACCCAGCUGAAAGCCGCCAACAUGUCGGACAAGGUCAACAGGACUAUAGAGGACCGUCUCUCUAGUAUUAACGAAACUAAUGGCACUACCAAAUCUGCCACCAAUGGCACUCCUAAAAGCAAUAUAAGUGGAAUCACCAAUUUCCCCCAUAGAACUUUCAAUGGCACCACGAAAACCAAAGGCAUAACGAGGGCUACCAGCGGUGCCAUGUCUAGAACUAUGGCUAGUUCUACUUUAAAAACUAUACCCAACAGUACUACAAAAAGUGUUACUAAUGGCACUACCAAAUCUACCACUAAUGGCAUCACCAGGUCUACCACGAAUGGUACCAACAAAUCAACCACUAAUGGUAUCACCAAACCUACGACUAAUGGCACUACCAAGGCGACCCCUAAAGGCACCCCCGUAGUCGCCAUCCCUAAUGUUCCUCAGGCUACUGCCACCACCACUGAAAUCACUGAUGCCAAAGCAAAAACCAAUGAAACUACCACCACUGAUGCCAAUAUCUCUUCUAAUGUGGUCACUGAUGACAAUAUGACCACCGAUGUCACCAAGACUGCCACCACUGAUGACAAUAUUCCUACCCAGGCCACCGAAACCGCCACCACCAAAGACUAUAGCCCUACCAGCGCUACCAGCGAUGACAAUAUCCCUACUAAUGCUACCACCGAUGACAAUAUCCCUAUCAUUGCCACCAAGACGGCUACCACCGAUGGCACUGGCUCCCCUACACGCGAUACGCAAGAAACGGCCGACAGUUCAUCAAAACCUACUUGUCAGUGUAUAGAAAUUAUCGACGAUAAACCCAAUACUGCAGCACGUGAAUCAGUUACUAAAGAGUCGAAGCCUCACGAUUGUGACUGUACAUCAAACCAAAUGUUGGAAGCAGGCCUUGCAGGCGCUUCCUCUACUUCUGCUACUAAAGAGGACUCGCGGUGCAGGAAGUGCUGUUACAAAGAGCUCGACGUCCGCGUCAUGGAGUCUAUAGCUAAAGUAUCUUAUAUAUAUAAAAGAAAGUCGUGUUAG